CACACACACGCGCCGCGUAGAGAGCAUGUCCUCCGCACUGAGACUGCUGUUGAUAGUUUUAUUGAACGAAGUGUACGCGCGUAAUACACGAAAUACGCAAGUGAUAUUACUGUCGGUAUGGGAUAUGAAAGGCGCACCAGAGAUUCCGUUCACUUUUAAAGUCUUCGGGCAAUUGAUUCAGCUAAUUCUACGCAGGAACGACAAGAUCGUGGCAUCUGAUUUUCAGAUCUGGAAGCACAAUGCGAAAGGUGUGACGGAAGAGUUAUCGUUACUGAGUGCGCCAAAUCCUUGCUAUUAUCUUCAUAGUGAUCACGUCGGUUCUGCGGCUGUAAGCUUCUGUCAAGAACGCGGACUGCAUGGACUCAUCUUUCUGGAGAACAUGACACUGGAGAUUACGCCGCUGCGAAAUAGCCUCGCCUCGUCGCCCUUGCUCGUUGACGAUCCGUACAAAGAAGAAGAGGUCGAUCUUCUCGGCGAACCCCAUCUGGUCAAGCGAUCGCCGGGCUGUCCCAUUAAACCGAGGCUACAGUCGAUUAUGGAGCAACAUCGUCGCUUCUUACGAGGAGCUGCGAAGGACAAGUUAACAUUGGAGCUCGCGGUCUUCUUCGAUGAAGCCGCGUAUCGCUUGUUCUCGCCUUUUCUAGACGAAGACGACGAGAAGAUCCGCGAUAUGUUGCUGGCGUACGUGAACGGUAUCCAAGCGUUAUACCAUCACCCGAGCCUCGGUGUUCCCAUCGAUGUUUCGCUGGUACGCCUGGACAUUAUUCAAAGGCAGCCGCUCGACCUGCCGCAUUUCGGCGGCGAGAGAGGCAGUCUGUUGGACUCGUUCUGCAAUUACGCGAUGGCUCGCAAUCCCCCGGAGGACGCACAUCCGCGCCACUGGGACAUGGGCCUUUACGUAACCGGACUGGAUCUCUACGCGAUCGAAAACGGCAAGCGGAACGGCGCCACUAUGGGAUUAGCCGCGGUCGGCGGUAUCUGCAUCCCGCGCUACUCCUGCGUGAUCGCGGAAUUGGGAGUCACGGAUCAGCUCGGCAAGCCGUAUCCGUCCGCGGGCUUCACGUCGGUGUACAUCGCUGCGCACGAGAUCGGUCAUAACUUAGGAAUGCAUCACGAUUCGACCGGCAACGCGUGCCCCAAGGACGGAUACAUAAUGUCUCCUAGUAGGGGCACUCGAGGCGAGACGAUCUGGUCCGAUUGUAGCCGUGAGAUAGCCGAGGCCCUCCCGCGCACGAAAGCCUGCCUCUUGGACGCGCGGAACGCCUCGGAGCCGACUUUCGAUCACACGCGAUAUCGUGACCUACCCGGAAGAGAGUGGACCGCCAAGAGACAAUGCGAGCUACUCCUACGCGACAAGGACGCGAGCGCGGUGACGUUGUACCAGGCGUGUCAGUCUUUGCAAUGUGAGACUCCCCGCAGGAGCGGCUACUACUUGGCAGGACCGGCGUUGGACGGUACUUACUGUGCGCCGGGCAGAGAGUGUCGUGGUGGAGAAUGCGUGCCCGUGCUCGAAUCACCGCCCGACGACAGCCAGAAAGGCAGUUGGAGCGAGUGGCAGGAGAGUCCCUGCGCCAGCGGCUGCUUACAAAGGUCCAAGGGUGCUCGUGUCAAGCGACGAUUCUGCGAGGAUCGGAAUCACAGAGCUGCCGUAGCCUGCAAAGGACUGCAUUACGACGUGCUGCUGUGCAAGGACGAGAGACUCUGCAAGAAGAAACGCCGCACGAUCGGCGAGUUCGCCACUCUUAAGUGCGGCAUCUUCAGCGAUAGCCUGCCCGAGUUGGAUGUCACUGCGAAGGGACUGCAGGCGACCCAUGUGCCCGAACAGCCGUGGAUGGCUUGCGCUAUAUUCUGCCGGCGAAGAGACAUCGCCGCUUAUUACGCGCCGCGUGUAGAAUUAAACGACCUCGGCCUCGACCCGUAUUUCCCGGACGGCACGUGGUGCCACGCCGAGGAGAGCCGGGAUUAUUUCUGCCGUCAGCAUCACUGCCUGCCGGAAGACUUCCUAUUUGGGAAGAAGUUGCCGCGGAGUGAUCGUCGGCGCAAGGAGAACGAGGCCGGGGAACUGGGGCCGCAGAACGCGCGGAAUCGCCUCGGCGUCGCCGAUCGGUUCAUUAAGUACCUGACCUUAGGUCCGGACGGCUUGCCAUUGUUGACUUCGGUCUCGCGCGGCAUCGCUUCCCCGCCCGACGAAGACGAAUGGAUCGACAAGGAUUACAUCGAGUUGCCCGCAGCCGCGUAACGGCUGCUCCAGCGCUACGUUAUUUCAGCUAUAUCAAUUAUUCAGUUAUCAGCGGUAGCGAAGAAGAUAAGGGCGGGUAAUCGUCUGUAGAGAAUAUCUCAGUUGUUGUUCCAUAAAGAAUUACUUUAGCAAUCA